UAAAGCUCGCGUGAGAACUUGGUGAUGUCAGAGCGGCUCGGGUCAUUUGAAGGUUAGCAGCCUGGGAAGGGUUCAUGCAGAGUUCACUCGCAUACAUUAAGCAAUCCAAUCUUUCACUCCGUGCGACAAAAAAAAGGAGAGGGAAAAAAAAAGAAAGAAAGAAUCUAGUAGGAAAUGAGCUGUGCUGAGGCAAGAGAAGUCAUUCGUCAUCCAUCGAGCAGAGGAGAGAUGCGAGCUGCUUUGUUUAUAAAAUAUAGACAUCUGAUCGGAUAGAGGACAGAGACACACACACACACAGACACGGAGAGAGGGGUGUGUGUGCGCGCGCGCACAUAUUUGGGAAUCACUUACGUUGCAUUUGUUGCAUGCAUUUUCCUGAAGAAGAAGAAGAAGAAGAGGGGAAUAAGGAGGAGGAGGAGUGAAAAUGGUCCCAGUUCUCGUGCUGGACUGAGCCGAGCAAAGCUGGAGCAGACUUCCAUGGGAGUUUUUGGACGCACUUUUGCAAAUCGGAAAGCACUGAAGGAGGACCGCGUCAAGCACACGAGCUCCACCAUGUUCGACUGCAUGGAUGUUCUGAGCCCGGGACAGAUGUUGGACCUGUGCAGCGCCAGUCCGGGCCAGAUGUUGGAGCUGUGCGGCUCGAGUCCCGCGUGCAUGCUGCAGGAGAAGGCGCUCAAGGCGUGUUUCAGCGGAAUCACACACACAGACUGGCGGCACCGGCGCAGCGCGCACUCCAUCGAGACACAAAGCAGUAGUUCGGAGGAAUUGGUGCCCAGCCCGCCCUCGCCCCUGCCCCCUCCACGCGUCUACAAGCCCUGCUUCGUGUGCCAGGACAAAUCCUCUGGGUACCACUAUGGCGUCAGCGCCUGCGAGGGGUGCAAGGGUUUCUUCCGCCGGAGUAUCCAGAAGAACAUGGUGUACACGUGUCACAGGGACAAGAACUGCAUUAUCAACAAGGUGACGAGGAACCGCUGCCAGUACUGCCGUCUGCAGAAAUGCUUUGCUGUCGGAAUGUCUAAAGAGUGCCAAGGAGCCUUAAGGAAGAUGUCAGCAUCUGGCAGUCACCUGGUGAGAAUCACUCCUCUGGGUGAUGCUGGAGAAUCAUUAGGACACAAAGCUGUGCGGAACGACAGAAAUAAAAAGAAGAAAGAAAGUCCGAAGCCGGAGCUGACGGAAACCUACGAGCUCACGGCUGAGCUAGAGGCCAUCAUUGAAAAGAUCCGGAGGGCUCACCAGGAGACAUUCCCAUCCCUCUGCCAACUGGGCAAAUACACCACGAACUCGAGUGCUGACCACCGUGUGCGUCUGGAUCUGGGUCUGUGGGAUAAGUUCAGUGAGCUGGCCACCAAGUGCAUUAUCAAGAUCGUGGAGUUUGCCAAACGCGUGCCGGGCUUCACCGGACUGACAAUCGCUGACCAGAUCACUCUGCUGAAAGCCGCCUGCCUGGACAUCCUGAUCCUGCGUAUCUGCACGCGGUACACGCCGGAUCAGGACACCAUGACCUUCUCAGACGGACUGACGCUGAACCGGACGCAGAUGCACAACGCCGGAUUCGGGCCGCUCACGGACCUGGUGUUCACCUUCGCCAACCAGCUCCUGCCCAUCGAGAUGGACGACACGGAGACGGGCCUGCUCUCGGCCAUCUGCCUCAUCUCCGGAGAUCGUCAGGAUCUGGAGGAGCCGUCGAAGGUGGACCAGCUCCAGGAGCCUCUCCUGGAAGCGCUGAAGAUCUACGUGAGAAAGCGCAGGCCUAGCAUGCCUCACAUGUUCCCCAAGACCCUCAUGAAGAUCACGGAUCUCCGCAGCAUCAGCGCCAAAGGUGCCGAGCGGGUCAUCUCUCUGAAGAUGGAGAUCCCCGGUUCCAUGCCUCCUCUUAUUCAGGAGAUGCUGGAGAACUCCGAGGGCCAGGACGGACAAGGACAGAGCUCUUCGGAAAAGAAGAGCGCGGAAGAAAAAGACAGCUCGGUCAGUCCAAAGUCGGCGUCUCCAGAACCGGGUUCUUCGUCGAGCGAGGAAGCUUAGACGGAGCGUUUUAUGUCACUUUUAUUGUGCGCACUACAAUUGGACCAUCGAUGCUACUUUUUAUCACCAGUGUAAACUUCUUCUUUCUUUUUUUUUAAAAACAUUCCACCGUCCGCAACAACAAUAGAAACAAGGACGGUCAUGGAGGAUCGUCAAUCAAAACGUGCUUAGCGCUACAAAUAAAAAAAACAUUCUUACUAUUGGACUUCCAACAUGCACAGCCUGCAGCACACUCGGGUGUGUAUGCGAGCACAUUUGUGUGUUACUGAAUACCUAACACAGAGGUGAAACUCCUCAGGUCUGCUGUGUAUAUAUAUAUUUUUUCGCUAAUAACCUGCAUGACGACAGGCUCUUACUUCGUCCUCCGCUCCCUCCCUUUCUCCCUCUCUCUCUCUAUAAAUAUAUAAAUAUAUGUCUCUCUGCCAGCGUUCAGGUUGGCAUGCAUUGUACAUACCAUCGUACGAUUGACUAGACCUCUGAAUUAUACAUUUUGUGGUGUUUCUUUCUUUCUUUCUUUUUUUUUUUUAACGGUCUUAAUAGUCUCCUGUAACGUUUAAAGAUGAACAGAUGACCUUUGACCUUUUAGAAGAGCAGCUCAAACUCAGAAUCAACCUCAGAGCAGUUCAGACACCAGAUCAUCAGGGACCUUCAGGUCAGCAGUCGACAAGCUCAGCUGUGCAUCUUUAAACGACGCUCUUCAUAUCAACUCCUUUUAUAAAAAAAAAAAAUAAUAAUUAUACAGCUAUACAGAAUGAAUGUUUUGGAAUGAAGUGAGUUAUGGCAGGAUAAUCUUUUCUAUAAUCAUAUCAUAUAUUUAAUCUUGAUUUGUUUCUGUAUUUCCUUUGGUUCAUAUCAGGAAAACACUCCUUACACACACACACACACACACACACACACACACACACACACACACACAUUAACUGUCAUUGCCUUUUACUAGUAAUAGAGGGAAUUCAUAGGAACAGGCUUUUCAAAAGUUCUGAUGUGACACACACACACACACACACACACACAUUUAUUGGAAUGAAUAUUUAUGAAUAAUAUGGAUUUAACAGUCUUUUAGUGUUGAACCCCGUCCCUGCUUUAGGAAGACCAGGAAUAAAGCAGGCGUACAGGCAGCACACACAAUCACACACCUAGGGGGAACGCAGAGUAGACGGGGCACAGACUGUGUCUGUGUGUUUUUAAAACCGAGACAGACGGAGAACAUACGAAGGUUUAGAAAGUCAGUUGAGAUCGGGAUCAAAUCCGGAACCAAAUCCAAGUCAAGUGUGGAAUCGUAUGGAAUUUAACCCCACAUCAAAGCAUCAAUUCAGGGUCAUUACCUGAUUAUCAAAUACUACUUUUUCCUUAUCUUUUUCUCCCCCCAUUAAAACAUUUCAAUAACAUGUUUCCCAAUUUGGAUUUUGGAAAUGCUCUGUUCUUAUCCCCCAAACUCGGAAUUACGGUGUACAAUUCCCAAAAUUCAAUCCUGAUUCUAAAAAACAACCAAGGCAAAUCCGUCGUUAACAUGACGGUGUAUUAAUCUGACCAAAAGCGGACUUUUUAAAUUGCUUCCCAGUUCCCAUUAGGUUCUUUGACCUAGAAGUCGAGGAAAAUGUAUAAAUGAAGAAGAAAUCGCUUCUAUAUGCGACGGUGUCUUCUGAGUUCGGAUAACACCAUGAGCAUAAGGGAUAAUGCAGAUCUCGUGUGUGUGUGUGUGUGUGUAUAUAUUAAAAAGCGUACAGUUCAUGUUUUCAUCAAAUCAGACCUACUUCAGUCAAUAAAUUUGAUUCCCGUCCAGGGACAAGAACAGCUGUCCAAUUAAUGACCGAUCCGGUGCAUAACCGUAGCUCGACUUCUGAACCAUUUUAAUGUGAACAUCAGAGACACGAUGAUCACAAUAUCAGAACUGCUGGAAUUUCCUGAUCCUUUGUGGAAUCUGCACUUGGGAAACUCGUGUGUGUGUGUGUGUGU